GUGGAAGGACACGGGCAAUCGCAUGCGAGCCAAGGAGCCUGGGGGGUGGUGGACGGGGUAUGUGCUGCUGGUGAACGCCCACCGCUGGCUCAACCAAUCCGUUACCAACCGAUUCCAUUGGUGGCACCACCUAACGCUCAUUGCGCCGGACAACAUGUCGCGUGCCAGCAAGGGGCUCGUGCUGUUCUUCGUGGGGGCGGGGUUGAACGACCACGGGCGGGGCGACUGGAGCUACCACAUCCCCAAAGACUCCGACGUCUUCAUCCGCGUCGCUGCCCCGCUGGUGGUGGAUCUGGGCAUGCUGGGCGUCAUGCUGCACCAGCAGCCCAUGAUGCCCAUCACCUUCUACUCCUCACCGCCUGGCGUCAGCAAGAGCAUGAGCCAAGAGCUCAUGGAGGAGGAGAUCACAGCCUUCACACUGGGCAUGGCACUGCACGACCCCAGCACCCCCGAGUGGUCCAUCUACAUGCCCAUGGCCAAGUCCCUCGUCCGCGCCCUCGAUGCCACCCAGCUCGCUGCCAGGGAGCUGCUGCCGCACGUGCCAGUGGAGGGCUUUGUGAGUGUCGGAGUGAGCAAGCGAGCAUGCAUGGCUUGGCUCUCUGCCGCGCUCGAUAAGCGAGUGGUGGCGUUCAUAUCGUACGGCUAUGAUCUCAUCAACUUUCAGCCCAACAUGCAGCACCUGCUCGACUCCCUGGGUGCUGUUCCCAUUCUGGGAAGGUUCUACGUGGAUUACAACCUCACUCGCUUUCUGCACACCCCACAGCUGCGUCACAUCCUGAGCUACACGGACCCCUACUUCUUUCGGGAGCGCCUCACCAUGCCCAAGCUGCUCAUCGCCGCCUCCAACGACGAGUUCUUCUUGAUGGACGACUCGUGA